GAUGUGCUCUGCUUUCGCGUCCACGUACACGCUUCUUCAACUGUGCAGUUCCACAUGUAACAUCUCACCACCUCACCCAUCCUCAUACGCUUACUAUGGCUGAUUUUGCGCCGUACCAGGACGUUCCCCCGGAGCGCGAACGUGCGCUCAGCCCCCAGCAGAACAAUGUCCGUUCUCCAACCUUGAGCCCUCGACCAGAGCAACAGCAGCGCCGUGAAUCAGCCAAGAACAUAGGAACAGCAGCAGCGCAAACACCGAUAUCGCCACGGCAUGUAGGCGGUUUCUUUCCACCUGGCGGAGGUUGGGGCGACGGUGAUGUAGAGCACGGUUAUGGCGAUAGAACGGCGGGCUUUGGCAGUGGCGGCGGCGUCGCUCGAGAAGAUGUGGAUCUUUUUGAGACGAGACUGGGAAUCAGGAUGGACUGGGAAGCUUGUCUGGCAUAUUUGUUGCUGCCUCCGGCUGGAGGAGUACUAUUGCUUGUGCUCGAACAUAAGAGCGAUUACGUGCGGUUCCAUGCAUGGCAGUCUUCACUCCUCUUUACGUUUCUCUUUGUUGUACAUAUUAUUUUCUCUUGGAGCAGCAUACUCUCUUGGCUGAUACUAUGCGGCGACCUAUGCCUAAUCGCCAUGUUAACUUUCCGAGCUUAUGUGGAUGCCACAACGCUGGACAGAUAUGAAGUACCCUUUUUCGGCCCGCUCGCGAGUUCGAUACUGGACGACGAGUGAUGCGAGUGACUCGAACCUAAUCUCUUCCAAUACCCUACGAAUAUAUAUCCUUUGCAUCUUCCAUGAAGCCUCUGGCGCAACCUUAGUAUCGAGCGCAUCUGAUCAUUGCACCUCUGCCUGCACAUUCCUGUUCAUAUCCUCCUUCUCGGCAUUGACACUCUUUUUUGUGCUUAUUUAUCAUUUUUCAGAAACAUUGCAUGUUGGCACCUGCAAGUUCCUAAUCCGAACUACUUGUGUAGGUUCCGUAAGCGCGCUAUGAUGCACGAUAUACGCGUUUGUUGAGCCAAUUCAAGAUUCUGGCCACGCGAUUGUUUCUAAGGACGUGAAAGCACAUUCUGCGUUGUGAUUUGACUCAUAUUCUGAGGGCCCAUC